AUGUAUAGUCCUACUACCUACAAGGUUACGGCCAACCUUGGAACAGAUAGUCCUACCAGCUACAAGGUACCGGCCAACCUUGGAACAGAUAGUCCUACCAGCUACAAGGUUACGGCCAACAUUGGGACGGAUAGUCCUACCAGCUACAAGGUUACGGCCAACCUUGGGACAUAUAGUCCUACCAGCUACAAGGUUACGGCCAACCUUGGGACGGAUAGUCCUACCAACUACAAGGUUACGGUCAACCUUGGAACAGAUAGUCCUACCACCUACAAGGUUACGGCCAACCUUGGAACAGAUAGUCCUACCACCUACAAGGUACCGGCCAACCUUGGAACAGAUACUCCUACCAGCUACAAGGUUACGGCCAACAUUGGGACGGAUAGUCCUACCAGCUACAAGGUUACGGCCAACCUUGGGACAUAUAGUCCUACCAGCUACAAGGUUACGGCCAACCUUGGAACAGAUAGUCCUACCAGCUACAAGGUUACGGCCAACCUUGGAACAGAUAGUCCUACCAGCUACAGGGUUACGGCCAACCUUGGGACGGAUAGUCCUACCAGCUACAAGGUUACGGACAACCUUGGACGGAUAGUCCUACCAGCUACAAGGUUACGGACAACCUUGGAACAGAUAGUCCUACUAGCUACAAGGUUACGGCCAACCUUUGGACAGAUAGUCCUACCAGCUACAAGGUACCGGGCAAUCUUGGAACAGAUAGUCCUACUACCUACAAGGUUACGGCCAACAUCGGGGACAUAUAGUCCUACCAGCUACAAGGUUACGGACAACCUUUGGACGGAUAGUCCUACCAACUACAAUAUUACGACCAACCUUGGGACAGAUAGUCCUACCACCUACAAGGUUACGGCCAACCUUGGGACGGAUAGUCCUACCACCUACAAGGUUACGGCCAACCUUGGGACAGAUAGUCCUACCACCUACAAGGUUACGGCCAACCUUGGGACGGAUAGUCCUACCAACUACAAGGUUACGGCCAACCUUGGGACAGAUAGUCCUACUACCUACAAGGUAACGGACAACCUUGGGACAGAUAGUCCUACUACCUACAAGGUUACGGCCAACCUUUGGACGGAUAGUCCUACCAACUACAAUAUUACGACCAACCUUGGGACAGAUAGUCCUACCACCUACAAGGUUACGGCCAACCUUGGGACGGAUAGUCCUACCACCUACAAUAUUACGACCAAGCUUGGGACAGAUAGUCCUACCAGCUACAAGGUACCGAACAACCUUGGAACAGAUAGUCCUACCAACUACAAGAUUACGGCCAACCUUGGAACAGAUAGUCCUACUACCUACAAGGUACCGAACAACCUUGGAACAGAUAGUCCUACCAACUACAAGGUUACGGCCAACCUUGGGACAGAUAGUCCUACCAGCUACAAGGUUACGGCCAACCUUGGAACAGAUAGUCCUACCAACUACAAGGUUACGGCCAACCUUGGGACGGAUAGUCCUACUACCUACAAGGUUACGGACAACCUUGGGACAGAUAGUCCUACUACCUACAAGGUUACGGACAACCUUUGGACGGAUAGUCCUACCAGCUACAAGGUUACGGACAACCUUUGGACAGAGUCCUACCAGCUACAAGAUAGUCCUACCAACUACAAGGUUACGGACAACCCUUGGACAGAUAGUCCUACCAGCUACAAGGUUACGGACAACCUUUGGACGGAUAGUCCUACCAACUACAAGGUUACGGCCAACCUUUGGACAGAUAGUCCUUCUACCUACAAGGUUACGGACAACCUUUGGACAGAUAGUCCUACCAACUACAAGGUUACGGACAACCUUUGGACAGAUAGUCCUACCAGCUACAAGGUUACGGACAACCUUUGGACAGAUAGUCCUACCAGCUACAAGGUUACGGACAACCUUGGGACAGAUAGUCCUACCACCUACAAGGUUACGGACAACCUUGGGACAGAUAGUCCUACCAGCUACAAGGUUACGGACAACCUUUGGACAGAUAGUCCUACCAGCUACAAGGUUACGGCCAACCUUGGGACAGAUAGUCCUACCAGCUACAAGGUUACGGACAACCUUUGGACAGAUAGUCCUACCAACUACAAGGUUACGGACAACCUUUGGACAGAUAGUCCUACCAACUACAAGGUUACGGACAACCUUUGGACAGAUAGUCCUACCAGCUACAAGGUUACGGACAACCUUUGGACAGAUAGUCCUUCUACCUACAAGGUUACGGACAACCUUUGGACAGAUAGUCCUACCAGCUACAAGGUUACGGACAACCUUGGGACAGAUAGUCCUACCAACUACAAGGUUACGGCCAACCUUGGAACAGAUAGUCCUACCACUUACAAUAUUACGGCCAACCUUGGAACAGAUAGUCCUACCAGCUACAAGGUUACGGCCAACCUUGGGACAGAUAGUCCUACUACCUACAAGGUUACGGACAACCUUUGGACGGAUAGUCCUACCAGCUACAAGGUUACGGCCAACCUUGGGACAGAUAGUCCUACCACCUACAAGGUUACGGCCAACCUUGGAACAGAUAGUCCUACCAGCUACAAGGUACCGGACAAUCUUGGGACAGAUAGUCCUACCAGCUACAAGGUUACGGCCAACCUUGGAACAGAUAGUCCUACCAACUACAAGGUUACGGCCAACCUUGGGACAGAUAGUCCUACCAACUACAAGGUUACGGCUAACCUUGGAACAGAUAGUCCUACCACCUACAAGGUUACGGCCAACCUUGGGACGGAUAGUCCUACCACCUACAAUAUUACGACCAACCUUGGGACAGAUAGUCCUACCAACUACAAGGUUACGGCCAACCUUGGAACAGAUAGUCCUACCAACUACAAGGUUACGGCCAACCUUUGGACAGAUAGUCCUACCAGCUACAAGGCUACGGCCAACAUCGGGGACAUAUAG